ACGAUGUUUGAGAACACAUGCAACUUGUUUCUUGCCAUAUGGGAGUGUUUAAUUUUGUUAUCCUUUAUACAUGAAUAUGUAUUUGCAGAGUGAUCUACGAAUGAUUUAGGAGAAAUAUUAUGAAGAGGCACAUAUUCAUUGAUGCCGCUUUCCCUUCACGUUUUGAAGAUUCAAAAUCCGCAUUGGAAAAUUACUACGGCAUGGAGAUCUAUAGGAGCCCCACUUUUGAUACUAGCAAACAAGCAGAUUGGAGGAACACCUGCAGUCAUUCGCUACCUCUUGGAGCAAGGGUUUUUAGAUGGGGAUUGCAUGACUGGUACUUCCAUAAUUAUUGUCCUGCUCUUGUUUUCUAAAGGAGAAGAGCCUGUGGUAGCAACCAUCUCUGACAAUCCUAUGAGUUUUAAGUAUUGCUGGUUAUGAGGCAUCAGGGACUGGGAGCAUGAAGUUUUUGAUGAAUGGGUGUUUACUUAUGGCUAUAGCAGAUGGUUUUAUAGUUGAAAUUAUUGAGGAAAUGGGGGAAGAUAACAUGAUUUCCAAGUGAUGGUUCGAAUAAAGGAUCCUGGAUGCACCAGGAAAUCCUCCCCUGACUGUCUUGAUGUUCUUUAUAAGUUUAAGAAGCAUUGGUCACUUGAAAAACUAGCAAUGCAAAUCAGAUUACCAGAACUUGAUUAGAAGUGCAAAUCAGAUUAACAGAACUGAUUGUAUUGAAUCCUUGUUUCAGGUUUCAGUUUCA